AUGCCAAAUCUCCGCCUCAUCGCCCUCCUCGUGGCUCUUGCCAGUAUCGCGCUCGUCGCAGCAGACCCCACCGCAUUCGGCCCCUCCCUGGUGUCCAAGGGGGGCCGGGACGCCGAGGGCUGUGGGCGCCUUGAUGGGCCCUGCUGCCUGAGCAAGAAGGCAGGCGCCGGCAGGUGCCGCAACAACCUUGCAUGUGUGCCUGGACAGAUGCGCUGCCUCGCCUGCGGUGGCGAGACCCAGCCCGCCUGCGACGGCGCCAAGUGCGACCCCGGCCUUGCCCCUUUCUUCAACCUCGGCCCGGCCCCGCUCUGCCUCCCCACCUCCCGCGACACCGGCUCCGCCGGCUCCGUCCUGCCGCGCCCCCUGGCAAACAUCGGCGUCAGCGCCGCCGACCGCCGCAAGCGCGACAGCGACACCGGCAAGAAGGCGAUGCGCUCCUGCCUCGACGGCAACACCUGCGAGCGCGGCGCGUGCGUCAGCGGCAUGUGCGUGCCCUGCGGCGGGCCCAAGCAGCCGUGCUGCGCGGGGAACAGCUGCCGCCAGUUUGAUGGCGAUGCCAUGGCGUGCCAGUUCGACCAGAAGCUCGCGACAAACGCGUGCGUCAAGGCGUCCAAGAAGUGA